ACUUUUGACUGAGGGAGGCAGUAUUGCGCACACAAGCGUUUAAACUACCUAACGUACGAAGGAAGAAGAAGAAGAAGGGGCGGAAGAAAACGAAAAGUAGGACGAGAGGACUGAGGAGAAAAGAGCUGCUACUGCUACUGUGCAGGUUAAAUUAAUUAGCAUUUGGGUAAAAAGAGUGAUUGUGGACCAUGCUGAGGGCUUGUCUGAGAGGAGCUAAUGCCACAGCCCGGAAGAACUGCGGGAGAACCCCUCUAACCAAUCUGCAACACUGCCGCCACUACACAGCAGGAGAGUCCAGUGGUGGUGGUGGUGCUGCUAAAGUGGUUGCUGCUGGCUUGUUGACAGUAGGCGGAGGCAUCGGAGGGACAGUACUCUACGCCAAAUGGGACCACAAGUUCAGAGCAGCCGUGGAGAACAACGUUCCAUACUCAGACUGGCUGCUGGGUCUAGCUUUGGGACCCGCGUCUCAAGACAACGGCCUCCCCGUCAAGAAACAGGUGGAGACGGCCCAGCCUCCCUCUAUGAUGGACAAACCGGUGAAGGCGUCCAAAGCUAAGUCGGAGAAAAAGGCAAAGGAGGCGGCAGAAAGUCCCAUCCCUACACAGAGCAUAGAGGAGGCUUCAGCAGAGGCUAGUCACAUCAUCUCAGCCAUGGGUGAGGUCCAAUCAGUCCCUGCUCCAUGUGACACCGAGGGAAAAGCAGCCAAAGAGGAGGAGUGCAAAGAGUGCCACGGCCACGAGGCUACCCCAGCGACUGCAGUAGUUCACCCUGACACAGAGUCCCCUGCCCUAACAGAACCACUGAAAGAGCGACCAGUAGAAGAAGUGACAGCAAGACUGGCUCAGCAAGACCAGGAGGAACAGGACACCCUGGCAUCUGUAUCGGCCAGUCUUGAAGACUCACUGGCCAGCUCGGCUAAAGCUACACUGCAGGCCAUUGGAGCUCAGGAGGCAGCCCUGCAGGCUAUCGCACGGCACACACACAAACUGAAGGAGGCCAUGGAAGCAGAGGUCCCACCUGAGGAGAAGUCGGCCCAGUGGAAGGAGCUAGAAGCUACAAUAGCUGAAAGAACUUCUGCCGUGACUGAUGCUGAAACUGCUCUGUUGAAAGCCAAUGAAGCCUUGAACAGUCUCAAGUCAGUGAUUGACCAGUCUAAAGGGCUUAAGGUGAGCGCUGUUCGCCCGCUGGUUUUAGCAGCAGAGGAGAAUCUCCAUAACAUGGUGGUGGACUUGGACAAAGUGGUCACUAAGGUGCAGUCUGCAGAGUCAGAAGCUAAGGUUGUCUCCCAGUACAGUGAACUGGUUAAUGAAGCCAAACAACAGUUCCAGAGGGAAGUAACCAGCCUUACUCCAGAGAUCCAUGCCAACUGGAAGAGCCUCACUGGUAAACUGUCAGCGGAUGACCUCAACGCCCUGAUUGCCCACGCACACCGUCGCAUUGACCAGCUGAACCGCGAGCUGGCUGAGCAGAGAGUCCGAGAGCAGAUCCACAUCGAGGCGUCGCUGGAGCAGCAGAGGCUGGAGGACCAGAAGGCCCUGGAGAAAGCUGUCAGCACCGCCCUGCAGCACUACAAGGAGGACGCCCGUCUGGAGCAGGAGAGGAAGCUGUCCGAAUUAAGGGAAGUGAUGGAGGCCGAGAUGAGGACUCAGCUCCGGCGCCAGGCCGCCGCUCACCAAGACCACGUCCAAGAUGUCCUCAAAGUCCAGGAGCAGGAGCUGCGAGCUGACGCCGAGCAGGUGCUGAGCAGUAAGCUGCUGGAACAGGAGACCCGCUACCGCCAGCUGAGCCAGGAACAGCUGGAUAACUUCACUCUGGAUGUAAACACUGCCUACGCAAGGCUGAAGGGGGUGGAGGAGGCCAUAGACAGCCACGUGGUAGCGGAGGAGGAGGCGCGCAAAGCUCACCUGCUCUGGCUCUCCGUGGAGGCGCUCAACUACACGUUGAAGACGGCCGACGCCGAGGUCCCCACCGUGCCCCUGGAGGGGGCGGCUCAGGCCGUGCGAGACAGCUGCCGCGACAACGACUUUGCCAUGGCCCUGGCGUCGGCCCUGCCGGAAGAGUCCCUGCAGCGCGGCGUGUACAGCGAGGCCUCGCUCCGCGCCCGCUUCAACUCCCUCCGGUCGCUGGCCCGCCGCGUCGCCCUCAUCGACGAAACCCACAACUCCCUGUACCAGUAUUUCCUGUCCUACCUCCAGGCCGCGCUGCUGUUUGAGGACAAACAGGAAGCCCCGCCCUCGCAGCUGAGCAGCGAGGAUUUAGACCCGUUCAGGCUCCUGGCGUACGCGAGCUACUGCCUGGAGCACGGGGAUCUGGAGCUGGCAGCCAAACUGAUGAACCAGCUGAGAGGAGAGGCCCGCAGGGUGGCGGAGGACUGGCUGACGGAAGCCAGACUCACACUGGAGACCAAGCAGGUGGUCAGCCUGCUGUCGGCGUACGCAAACGCCGUGGGGUUAGGAACCACCCAGGCUCCCUAGGCCGCCGCGCUCUUUUCUUCUGGUAACCCUUAAAGGAACCGUCCACUGAAACUCUAGUCUGGUUACUAUCAAGUAGUCCGUAGUCCCAGCAGUAGGGGAUGCACCAAAUCCAGAUUUUUGGGGUUCGACCGAAUACCGAAUCCACUGGUUAAGAUUCUGCCGAAUCCAAAA